AUGAGCGAAGAUCACGGCACGUCUCACGUCUCUAUCGUUGAUAAGUUCGGAAACGCCGCCUCGAUCUCAGCCACUGUUAACAUGUUCUUCGGCAGCAAGGUAGUGUCGGCAAAGACCGGAAUUAUACUAAACGAUGAAAUGGACGACUUUAGCUCCAAUUACACAAAUGCUUUCGAUGUGCCGCCGUCUGAGCAUAACUUAAUAGAGUCGGGAAAGCGACCCCUGUCCUCCAUGUGCCCCUCAAUAUUUACCGACCCGUCCGGUAAUGUAAGGCUUAUAAUCGGAGCGAGUGGUGGCACCAAAAUCACUACAGCCGUGGCAUUGAUCGCCAUCAGACACUUAUGGAUGAAUGAGACCAUCAAACAUGCCAUCGAUUGGCCCCGAAUACAUCACCAGUUAUUCCCCAAUGAAGUG